AUGAGCGGACGACCGUAUGCGCGCAAUCUGCGCGCUCCCUACGCAGGCCUGCGGGACCUAGAGGCGCUACUACCGCACACGUUUCGUCUCCAGACGCCGCUGCGUCUGAAGGAUGCAAAAUAUCGAGCGAUAUCCACAGCGAUUCGUCGCCAAUGUAGGCAGAAAAACUGGCGUAAAACGAUCAGCAUCCGGCACAGAAGAUGCGAUGGAGAUGCAGUGGCUGGGAAUGGUGAAACAGCGUGUGUAACGGAGAAGGAGCAGCUGAAACUGAUGGCAGGAACGGAAGGAGCAGCUGAAGCUGAAGCUGUUGCAGAAAAAGAAGAGGUGGAUGAUUUGGAAGCAACGAGAAGUGAGUUGAAGAGACUGGAGCAGAAGCUGCAAGAGCUGACGGAGCAGAAACACGCCAAGUUCCAGCUGCUGAAGGAGAUGUUAGUGGAGGAAGCCAGGUCCAAGAUGACGGCUGGAAAUGGCACUGGGGUUUCUGCAACGGCUGUGAACAAAGACUUCGAGUUGAGCUACAACGACGAGAGUGGCUGUAGUAUCUCUGCAGCGAUGGAAAACCCGGAAAGGUCGUGGGUUACCAGCAGCGUGUGGUUAUCAAAUGAACGAUCUUAG